GCACGGAAUGGCUACACAUUCUAUAAGCAUCUACAAGCAGACGAUGGACACUGGCCAGGAGAGUAUGGUGGACCCAUGUUCUUGCUCCCCGGCCUUGUUAUUGGAUCUUACGUGACCGGCAUGCCCUUCAAGCAGGAAGAACGUCUGGAGAUGAUUCGCUACCUACUGAAUAGGGCAAAUCCAGAGGAUGGGGGCUGGGGAAUUCAUGUCGAAGGGCACUCCACGGUGUUCGGAACAGCGCUGAAUUACUGCGUUAUGCGUAUCCUCGGAGCUCCUGCCGACCAUCCUGCACUAGUGAAAGCGCGUGCCACCCUACAUGAGCUCGGAGGUGCGACAGGUGCCCCGGCGUGGGGCAAGUUUUGGCUUUCGGUCCUGAACGUGUAUGAAUGGGAAGGAAAUAAUCCCAUAACACCUGAAUUAUGGGUCUUCCCGGACUGGCUCCCGUUCCAUCCCCACAAAUGGUGGAUUCACACCCGCACUGUCUAUAUACCUAUGGCGUACCUUUAUGGCAUGCGUUACAAGAUGGAAGAGAAUGAUCUCAUCAUGGCUCUUCGAGAGGAGCUCUAUCCUACCAAUUAUUACCAAAUCGACUGGUCAGCACAGCGCAAUAACAUCGCCGAGGCGGACCUCUAUAUGCCUCACAGUACUCUUCUGAAUUCGAUGUACCUCAUCCUCAGCGCAUACGAACAAUGCGUAAUUCCGCCUGUUCGUCGCGCUGCCCUUGACAAGUGCUAUCAGCUCAUCGUCCGCGAAGACGAGAACACUGGCUACCAGACACUCGGUCCUGUUUCAAAAAUGAUGAACCUCAUCGUUCGCGCACUUGUCGAUGGACCCGAAAGUGAAGCGUAUAAAAAGCACAUGGCAGGACGAGACGACUUUAUGUGGGUUUGCGCCGACGGCAUGAUGAUGACGGGCACGAACGGGAGCCAGCUGUGGGACAUCGCGUUCAUUACACAAGCCCUUGUUGAGACCGGACUCGCCGAGGAGCCUGAGAACCGCGAUAGCCUGGUCAGGGCCCUCCAGUGGCUCGACAUGGCGCAGAUCAAAGACAAUCCGCGGCAUUUUACUGUAUCGUACCGCCAUCCUACCAAAGGCGCUUGGCCAUUCUCGACGCGGACGCAGGGCUACACCGUUAGCGACUGCACGGGGGAGGGCCUCAAGGCCGUGCUCUACAUUCAGAACCAUGUUGAGGAUGCACCGAAACUCGUCUCGGAACGGCGCAUGCAGGAUACCGUCGACAUCCUCCUGGGCAUGCAGAACGCGGACGGCGGCUUUGCGAGCUACGAGCUCAUUCGUGGGCCUGGUUGGCUCGAGUGGUUGAACCCGGCGGAAGUCUUUGGUGACAUCAUGAUCGAGCAUAGUUAUCCAGAGUGUACAACUUCUGUGAUCACCGCGUUAUCCAUCUUCCGUCGUCACUAUCCCGACUACCGCAAAGAUGACAUUGAUCGAGUGACGGUCGGCGCGGUCAGAUUCCUGCAUGCGGCGCAGAGGCCUGAGGGUGGAUGGUUCGGCUCGUGGGGCAUCUGCUUCACAUAUGCGACCCAGUUUGCUCUUGAGAGCCUGUCGCUCGUUGGAGAGACGUAUGAGACAAGUGCAUACGCACGACGGGCAUGCGAGUUCCUUAUUAGCAAACAGCGCGCGGAUGGCGGAUGGGGCGAGAGCUACAAAUCCUGCGAGCUCGGCAAAUGGGUCGAUCACGAAGACACCCAGGUCGUACAGACCUCAUGGGCAACAAUGGCACUCAUGUACGCCCGAUACCCGUACGCUGAGCCCAUAGAGCGCGCCGUAAGGCUCGUCAUGUCACGACAGCGGACAGAUGGCUCCUGGGCCCAGGAAGCGAUUGAGGGAGUGUUCAACAAGAAUGUCGCGAUUGCCUACCCGAACUUCAAGUUCUCGUUUACGAUCUGGAUGCUUGGCCGCACGCACAGGUAUCUCAAGGAGCUCAAAAGCAAGGCUAACGGCAAUGCUCAAACACAUUAGACUUGUUGAGAAUGCCUUAGAGUGUAGUACCUAUCCGUAGCCUACCUAGUUUGUUGCGUAAUGACUAAUCC